GGUUUCAUCUCUCUUUUCUUAAGAAAAUAAAAAAGGAAAAAGAGUUUUUGUCCAUCUCUGUUCUUGAUUUACGUAUCAACUGUUCCAUCUACCAGUCUUCUCUGUCACUAGUUUUGCUUGCUUUCUUUAAAGCCACGAUUUCUCGCGGCUUUCUUCUUUUCUCUGAUCAAGGUUGGAUUUUUGCGAUUAUUGAAGGGAAAAUCAGUUGGGUUUUCUUUCUUUUCGUAAAGGGGAGAGAACAAAUUGUAUGGUGUUCUCUUUCCGGAGAUUAAAGUGCCAAUUUAAGUUGGUUCUAUCUAUGCUUUUGCUUUUAGGGUUUCUUCUUCUGCAGCUUAGCAGAUUUUGAAGGAACCCUUGAUCUUUUUCUGGGGUUGAAUUUAUAAUUCAACUAAUUUAUAUUGAAUUCGGGGUUUCUUGAAUUGGAGAAAUUUGGUGGGUUUGGCAUUGGUGGUGUUGAAUUCAGCGGAGCAAUGACGUAUGAAAGCGAUGAUACUGUUGCUCCGGAGCUGAAGCUCCAGAUGGCUGACGGCAAUGGGGAUUAUGUGAGACUGGGUUGCUUAAAUGAUCGUGAAGUCGGGGACUUCGGAGGGGAGCCUCAAUGUCCUAGGAACGUAAGGUUUCUCUGGUGGUGGGUGAAGGUCGCUUUGUUUGGUAUUUGCGUCUUGGCUCUUGCCGUUGUUGGUAUUAUCUGGGUCUUGCCUAUUAUCUUGAAUAAGGAGGUUAUCCCAGUCCUAAAUUGGGAGAUGCACACAUUCAGCACACCAGUACUCGUGGUUGUACUCUUUGUCUCUGUGGCAUUAUUUCCUGCACUAUUGUUGCCAUCUACACCUUCUAUGUGGGUGGCUGGAAUGACUUUUGGUUAUGGAUUCGGAUUCCUACUAAUUAUGUCAGGAGCCAGUGUGGGUGUGUCAUUGCCAUAUUUCAUUGGUUCUUGCUUUCGUCAUAAAAUCCAUAGAUGGUUGGAGAGAUGGUCAAAGAAAGCAGCCUUAAUUAGAUUAGCUGGUGAAGGAAAUUGGUUCCAUCAGUUCCGAGCUGUGACCUUACUUAGGAUUUCUCCAUUUCCUUACAUUAUAUUUAAUUAUGCUGCUGUUGCAACAAAUGUCAAGUAUGGUCCUUACAUCUUGGGGUCAUUGGUGGGAAUGGUGCCUGAAGUUUUUGUUGCUAUCUACAGCGGGAUUCUAAUACGGACAUUGGCUGAGGCAUCCCAGGAGCAGAGGUCCCUUUCAGCACAGCAGACCAUCUUCAAUGUCCUUGGCUUCUGUCUUACAGUGAUUACUACCAUAAUUAUCACAGUUUAUGCAAAGAGAAAGCUGAAGGAAUUGCAGGAAGAAGAGGAUCUACUAUUAUCGUAGGCCUGUUUCAACUUUGAGAGAAUUUCUUCCUUUGGAGCUGGUUUAAUCUCUGUAGCUAAAACUAGCUGUUCCAGGCACUUGCUGGUCUAUUUUUUUCAUCACCGAGCUUGGCCACUCGAGCGGUAUUGCCAAUUCGUCAUGGAUGAUACAGGGUAAACCACAAUAGUCUGCUGGGAGAAGGCAUUCAUUGUUUAAGUGUAUAUAUACAUAUAGUUGUAACGUUCAAAGUGAACAUGACUGACCCUCUUCCACAGAGGAGUGGAAAGUAAUGAACUUAUUAGGACGUUCAAAGUUCCACAGAGUAAUUCAAUGAAAAGAAGUUUUUAUUGUAA